AUGUUACACAGCCACAAAUGUGAAGCCUCGCAGAUGCCCCCAGUGCCUCGAGCUCCACGUCAGCUGCUGUGGCUGCUCCUAGUUCUUGUGUUGACAGUGAAGGCGCCAUGCGUUUGCAGCUUCACGUUGCAGAGAGGUCUCCAAGUUUCCGUUCACCCAUGGGGAUGUAGGAAGAAGGUCCCAGUCCCUCGGGUGGGCAGGGCCUUGCACAGACCCAUCACGACUUUGAAGGCCACGGAGGAAUACGAAGACUACAAAUACUUCACGGAUGAUGAGUACAUCCCGCCGCUGCCGCCCGUGGAGACGUGGGAGGAGCUCCUGAUGAAGGAAGAAAUUAGGAACAAGACGGAGGACGAGCAUCGGAGUGAGGACGACUACACGCUCACCCAUGAAAGCAGGCAGAAGGUGCUGGACAUCAUGCGGCAGACGCGGCUAAUCAACCACUGCAACUAUGAGGCCCAGAAGAACAAGCAGAAGAACAUCCUCUACUUCGUGACGCCCAAGAUGGGCCCGUACUGCAAACUGAUGGAGGGAGACAAGGCCAAAAUGGAGAGCCUAAUCAGCAAGGUCAAGGAAAAGUUCGAAAACAAGGUACAAAUAGUGAACCUAAAAAUGGACGUAAAAAUGCCUCUGUUCGAGAUUUUCCUACAAGCUAACAUACACACGCAGAUAAAAAUAUUCCACGCAAGGGGGAGGACUUUACAGUACAGAUUGCCACCCCCCUUUUGGACCAAGUGUAAAAUACUAAAGGAGAACAAACUACUACAGGAAAAGUACGGAGGAGAGUGUGCCCCAGGAUUGUUUCCCCGUUACGAUGAGUAUAUUAUGAUGGAAAUGAUGACUGAGUGUGUCUUUAACGACAAGUACAACUACUAUGUGUAUGACGUGAACUUGGAGUGGGAGAACUUGUGUGCACUUACCCCGGAGAACAGGGAGCUGCGGAAGAUGGUUCACCAGAACGUCCACGUGCCUACUCGUUUGGCCGUUAUCAAGGCGUUUGAGGAGGGCAUCGCCGACUUCAGAGACGUCAUCCACGAGGAACACCUCAUUAUGCUCCGUGAGCAGCGGAAGAUGAAGGAGAACCGUCGUUACAAUUUUUAG